AUGGGCGAUAAUAUGCACGAUAAAUGCGCUGCGGUGAGCUGAAAAACGGGGCCUCCGUUAAAUCAGUCGGAGUCUUUCAGGAAUUCGGCAAGUCGGCCGGCUGGGUGUGGUGGUUCUCGGCCGUUCCGAUCGUCGUCAAUCUCAUCACGCUCGGCCUCAUCGGCGCCUCGAUUUACGGUGCGCAGAAGAUGAACCAACUGUGCCGGACGAUUUCGACGUCCGCGCAACGCCUCGCCUGCACCGCCGUCCGCAUCGGAGUCGGCGAAUCGGCGCGCGCCGCCCUCGCCGAGCACGCAAAGACCAAACCAGAACUGGAACCGCUCUCCAAAUAA